AUGAUUGUCAAAUGCAAAAAAUGUGCCAGCCAACUGUUGGACACGGAAGACCGCUACAUCCUGUCAGCCCACAGCGCAUCCGCCUCCACUGCUGCUACCAGUGGCGAAGAUGAAGCAGCAUUCUGCCCAACGAAGGUGGAGAAUGCGGAAGUAUUCAUUCACGAGGAUCACCUCCCCGACUGGAUGCAAGCCGAGAUCGAACAAUCGCAGUGGACAAAAGGAAAACUAAAGUGUUUCAAAUGCGGGCUCAAAGUGGGUUCGUUCGAUUUCGUAUCCGGGACCAGAUGCAAAUGCGAGCUCAACAGCGUGCUUCCUUCGGUGCAUUUCAUUCGGAGUAAAGUGGAUUUGCGAAAGUGA